AUGCGGGAGGUUAGAAAUAGUCCCAAGCACCAGCUGGCAGCCGAGAAGCAGGGCAGCGCACGGGAGAGUGGAGCAGAGCUUGAAGAGAGUGGUGUACCGGUGGGUGUAGGAGUUGGGGGUCGUAGAGGACACGAGAAGGCGAGGGAGGAGUUGGCCAUCCGGCCCACAUGGGAGUUUCCGCAUGCAGAAGGCGGUGCUUUGGGGGAGGGCGUGAGCAGGGAAGCAGUUCUCUGGGUGUACAGUGGGGCGAGGAAGGGAAGCCACAAGGAGAAGAAACGGGUAGCAUAG